AUGAAUGAAUUAUAUUAUAAUAUUAAUCUAAUAUUUUUAGAUUCAUAUGUUGUCCUUCAACCAGAUUUAACUAUUUACAAGAAUCCAAAAUCAAUUUUUAUUGAUAGAACAACUUUAAAAAUUGAACAAAAAGUAUAUGAAAAUUCAAUAUUUACAGGACCGAUUAGAUCAUGUGUUAAAAUAUUUGGAUGUUUAGGAAUAAUAAAUUUAUUAUCAGGACCAUUUAUAAUAUGUAUUACAGAUUUUGAAACUAUAGGAUCAAUUCGUGAAACUCAAAUUUUAAAUAGAGUUGCAAAACAUACAAUUACACCAAUUGCUCGUAUACCAAUUUCAUUAACAGAAGAAGAGAAAAAAGAAGAAAAAAAUUAUUUAACAUUAUUAAAUGAUUUAAUUGAAUCAUGUGAUUUAUAUUUUUCAUAUAAUUUUGAUGUUACACAAUCAGAACAAAGAGCUAGUAGAAUUGAAAGUAAUCCAUUAUUGAUGAUUCAACCAUUAUGGAAGAGAUGUGAUAGGAGAUUCUUUUGGAAUUAUCAUUUACAACAGAUAUUCAUUGAGAAUUCAUUCGAUUCAUUCAUUUUACCAGUGAUGGAUGGAUUUAUAAAGAUAACAGAAUGUGAAAUUAAUAAUAAUCAAUUUAAAUAUAUUUUCAUAUCGAGAAGAAGUUGUAAACGUACUGGUGCACGUUACCAUAUUAGAGGUGCCGAUCCGUUGGGUAAUGUAGCAAACUUUGUAGAGACUGAACAGAUAGUAUUGUUUGAUCAAGUGUUGACGAGUUUUGUACAAGUUCGUGGUUCAAUACCCUUGAUUUGGCAGCAAAAAGGUAAAGGCUUGAAACCAAGACCAAUUGUGGAGAACUCGGUUCAAACCGAUGACGCAUUCACAAGUCAUAUGAAUGAAUUGAUUCAAUUGUAUGGUCCAACCGUGAUAAUAUCAUUGAUUGAUCAAAUUGGUGGUGAAGCUUCGAUUGGAGAUGCGUUCGAGUCAGAGACUUUGUUGAUGUAUCCAAAGGAGAUGGUUAAAUAUGUUGCCUAUGACUUUCACGAGAAAUGUAAAAACAAUAGAUAUGACCGUCUUUCAGAGUUGUUGAAUUCCGUAAAACCAUUGGUCGAUCAGUAUGGUUACCUAUUCAAGAGUACAAUGAUUGGUAUAGAACCAACUAUUCAGCAGAGUGGUUGUUUUAGAACGAAUUGCAUCGAUUGUUUAGAUCGUACAAAUGUGGUUCAAAGUGUGUUGGCUCAUUAUAUACUUCAUUCACAAUUGACUCGUAUGGGUAUCAUUGGUGCAAAUGAACGUAUUGAAGAUCAUCAACAAUUUGAAACACAAUUUAAAAACAUUUGGGCCGAUAAUGCAGAUGUAAUGAGUGAGCAAUAUACUGGUACAGUUGCAUUGAAGACUGAUUUCACUCGUACUGGUAAACGUUCUGUCAAGGGUACAAUGACUGAUGGUGUCAAUUCGGUUAGACGUUAUAUCAAUAAAAACUUUAAAGAUGAUGAAAAACAAUCUGCAAUCGAUUUAUUCCUUGGUAAAUAUAUUGUUGAAAAAUGGUCAAGUGAUCUAUCAUCAACUUCAUCAUCAUUGGCUGAAUCAACUUCAAUAACACAAGAAUAUAAUGUUUUAAUUAUAACAGAUUCUUUCAUAUUAGAGAAUAUUAGUAAUACAAAUACAAGUAGUAGUAGUAGUAGUAGUAGUAAUAGUAAUGGUAAUAAUAAUAGUGGUAGUACUAACCAAACAAAUUCAAGUAGUUCAAGUUCAAAUAGUAAUAGUAAUAGUGGUGGUAAUAGUAGCGGUGGUGGCGGUGGUGGUAGUAGCGGUGGUGGUAAUAGUCAAAUUUCUAAUAUUAUUAAUGUUGGUAGUAGUAAUAGAUCAUUAUAUGCAGUACUUUGUAUUAACCCAUCACAAUCCAUGAUAACAAGUUGGGUUAAAAGUAAUGGUCGUCGAAAGGAUUAUCAUUUCUCUUCAAUUUAUUUAUUAGAAAAGAGUAAAUUAAAUCAUCGUCAACUUAAUCUAUAUUAUCUUGAAAAUCCAUCACCAGAAUGUUUCCAAUUCACUUCAUCAUUACAACGUGAACAAUUCUUACAAGAACUUUAUAAACAUAGUUUUGCAAAACGUUUCUUACCAUUAGAUGAUCAAUCAACAACUUCAAAAUUAUUUGAUGAUAAAAAUAAUCAAUUAAAUGAAAAAAUUAAUAAAUUAACAAGUGAUAUGUUUACAUCAAGUAUUGAUAGUAGUAAUAAUCAAUCACCACCACCAAAUUCAAAUUCAAAUUCAAAUUCAUCAUCACCAAAUUUAAUACCAUCAUCACCACCACCAAUUAGACAUAGAUUAUUAGAUAUAUUUAAUGCAUAUAUUGGAUCAUGGAAUAUGGAAAAUAUUAAUAUUAAUGGUGGAUUCCUUUCAGAAUGGUUACCAAAAGAUAAAGAUCUUUAUUCGAUUGCAGCUCAAAGAAUUGCAAGUGAUCGUAAAUCACCAGAUGGUUUCUUAAUGAAUUAUCGUCAAUAUUGGUUCUAUUUAAUUAGAAAAUAUUUAGGUCCACAAUAUUGUACUAUUGCAACAGCAGUUUCCGAUAAUACUGCUUCAAUUGUAUUAUUAAAGAAAUCAUUAGUAAAUAGUGCAAAUAAUAUUUCAAUUAGUUAUUUACAAAAAAGAUUACCAUAUGGUAAAAAACAACAACAAUCACAACAAUCACAACAAUCACAAUUUUCAUCAUCAAAUUCAACAUCCAAUUCAAAUUCAUCAUCAACAAAUAAUAGUAAUUCAAAUUCACCAAAUAUUGGUGGUUCACCACCAUUACAAAGUGCUGCUCCACCACCAUUACCACCAAGAGAAAAAGAAUCACAAUUACCACCAACAAAAUCUGAAUUAAAAGAACAUCAUAAUAAUCAUCAUCAUCAUCAUCAUAAUAAUAAUAAUAAUAAUUACAGCAGCGGCAGUAAUAAUAGUAAUAGUAGUAAUAGUAGUAGUAGUAGUGUUGUAAAUUUCUUUUUUGGAUCAAAAAAAUUAAAAGAAAUGAGUAAUAAAAUUAUUGAAUCAACAUUAAGUCAAAAAUCAACAGAAAUUUUAUUUAAAGAUAAAUAUAAGGAUGUUCAAUUUGGUACUACUAUUAGUUUACAAUUAAGAGAGACAAGUUUAUGUUUUAUAAACUUUUGUAAUAAUAAUGUUAGUCAAAGUGCAAAUCCAGAAUUAGCAGCUGAACAAGAAUCAUCUUUAAUCACUUAUAUAAAGAAUAAACAAUAUAUUAAUGGUAGUAGUAGAUAUGUAUUUUGGAGUGGUGAUUAUGAUAUUAAUACUUUAACUUUUAAUAGAGAUACUAGUAGUAUUUGGCGUCCAUUAACAAAAGAAAGUUCUCUAUCAACUACUGAAGCUGGUAGAGGUGUAGUUUAUUGGAAAUCAUUAUUAGAUCCUGAUACAAUUUUUGAAAGUCCAUUAGAAUUACAAUCAUCACCAACCACAACCACCACAGCAACAACAACAACAACAACAUCACUAGAAAAUGAAAAUGAAAAAGGAGAAAAAGAAGGAGUUGAAAAUUUAGACAAUCGUUUAGCAAGUACAGUUAUACCAAAUACAAUUGGUAAUGGUUCAUAUGGUGGAGUGGUAUUUAGUGGUGGAAUUAGUACAUCACCACCAAGAUCACCAUUGUCAGAGGCAUGUUUAUUUCAACCGAUUUCAUGUUCAUUUAGUUUACCAAUUUUAUCACCAUAUACUUGGUUAUCAACAUUGGAUAUACCAACAUUUAUCAUUAUACGUCAUUUGAAAUGUGAAUCACCAUUAGAGUUGGUACAACCAUUUGGAAGUAAACUAGAUGCCUACUUAGAGAUGGACGCUUAUCAUAUCAUCUCUGAUGAUCAAUCCAAUUCAGCUUUGAAAACAUCAGUUUGUAAAUCAUCAAGUCAACCAUCUUGGUUAAAUGAAUCAAUUGAAUUGAAAUCAUUCAUUGAUGAUAAAGAAUACUUGAAAACUCAAUUCAUUCAAGUGGCAUUGGUUUCAAAGGAGUUAAUGGAUUUAUCACUAAUUGGUAAAGGCGUUUUACCCUUAAAAGAUGCUUGUCGUGAUAAAGCUUAUCAUUUUAAAAUUUCACUCUCAUUAGAGGAUGAAUUCAGUUGUUAUCUAACUGGUGAUAUUCAAGUAUUUUCAAAAUCUGAAAUCAAUCAAUACAUUCAAGAGCAAGAAUUUAAAAAACAACAAAAAAUUUUACAACAACAACAAUUACAACAACAAAUUUUACAACAACAAUAUCUACAACAACAACAAAUUUUACAACAACAAUAUCAACAACAACAACAACAGCAACAACAACAAAGACCAAUGUCCCAACAAUUACCACCACCACAAGUACCUUCUAGAGUUGGUAGACAAUCUGCUAGUGUUUCACCACCUGUUACAAUUCCAACUUCAAAUGUUUCUACCAAUUUAUAUGUUAGUGCUCAAACUUUCCCAUCUGGAAUUCAACAACCAACUAGAUCUGCUCCAUCGGCUCCAUCUUCUUCGCCAUUAAGUAAAUCUCCAAAUUUAUCAUUUAAACAACAACAACAACAACAACAACCAAAUUAUUCUUCUUCACCAUCUGUUAUUACACCAUCACCAUCUUCACCAAUAUCAUUAAGUCAACCUCAAAUCAUUCAUAAAGAAUCAUUUGAACCAAUAUCAACAACACCAAUUGGCUCAUUUGAUAAUAAUAAUAAUAAUGAAAUUAAUUCACCACCAAUUAAACCUUUUUUUAGUAUGAUUGGAUCAAUGGUUGAUGAUAUUAAAAAUUCUGGUGAAAUGUUAUUUAAAACAAUUUCAAAUAUUGAUCCAAAAUCAAUAUUAUCAUUAAAUGAUGAUUCGAACGACCCUGAUGAUGAAAAUCAAACACAACAACAUCAACAACAAAAUAAUAAAAAUAAUGAUGAAAACAUUUUAGAAGAUACUCAAGAAAAUACUGAAAUUAAUACUGAAAUUAAUACUGAAAUUAAUACUGAAAUUAAUAAUGAAAAUAAUAAUGAAAAUAAUAAUAAUAAUAAUAAUAAUAAUAAUAAUAAUAAUAAUAAUAAUAAUAAUAAUAAUAAUAAUAAUAAUAAUAAUAAUAAUAAUAAUAAUAAUAACAAUAAUAAUAACAAUAGUGAUAAUAAUAUCAGUGAUUUGCAAUCUUCUGAAAACUCUGAAAACCUCUAA